AUGGCAACUGAACAGUCAGCCCUCGAGCUCAAGCAGCAGGGCGCCAUUGAAGCUGCCCAGGACCCCGACUCUACGGUCACUGCAGAUGAUGCCCAAAGAAAAAUGGUGGAAGAAAGCAAGAAUGCUGGAGUGGCCGCUUAUUCCUUCGACCCCGACGCCAGUCCAGAGGAAAAGAGGCGGCAGAUUAGAUCCGCAGUACCAGAGGAGCUAAGACCCCAUCACCGGAAACACCAAGCCGUAGCUGUGACGACCGAUGCCGACGACGGUGGACCCAAGGCCGAUUACCUACCAGAAGCCUCCAAGGCUCAAUUGGCCGAAGACGAGAAAGACGCUCAGGGACGGCCAAUCGAUCCAAACCAAGACAAGGAAGCCUUGGCUGCCAAGGUUGGCUGGACGCAGCAAUUUGGGUGGCCUCACGACAGUGUUCUCGAAGGCGAUAGCUUACUCGACCACCAAACCUGGGUAGAGGGCCAGAUCCCCGACAAAUACUAUGGAGACUGGUAUCACAAUGCUGGUGUUAUCAUGUUUGCCUGCUUGGCCUCAUGGCUGGUUGCGCUGCUCGGCGGUGGUUUGGCCUGGGUAUUCAUCGUCAUGGCCAUCUGCUCCACCUACUACCGUACCUCGCUUCGACGCGUCCGGCGCAACUUCCGGGAUGAUAUCACCCGUGAAAUGAGCCUCAAGAGGCUAGACAGCGAUACCGAGUCACUGGAGUGGAUCAAUGCUUUCAUGCUCAAGUUUUGGCCAAUUUACCAGCCCGUCCUCGCGGAAACCAUCAUCAACUCGGUCGAUCAGGUCCUUAGUUCGGCAACGCCUGCCUUCCUCGAUAGCCUGAAGCUCAAGACGUUUACGCUCGGCUCUAAACCCCCUCGUAUGGAACACGUGAAGACGUACAACAAAGAGGAGGAUGAUACCGUCGUUAUGGACUGGAAGUUCAGUUUCACCCCCAAUGACACGGCGGAUAUGACAGCGCGCCAGGUCCAGAACAAGAUCAACCCGAAGGUUGUCCUCGAGAUCCGCAUCGGUAAAGCCAUGAUUAGCAAGGGUCUCGAUGUGAUUGUCGAGGACAUGGCCUUUUCAGGUAUCAUGCGCCUCAAGAUGAAGCUUCAGUUCCCCUUUCCCCACAUUGAGAAGGUGGAGAUGUGCUUCAUGGAGCGGCCCAGCAUCGACUACGUUUGCAAGCCUCUAGGUGGUGAGACCUUUGGAUUUGAUAUCAACUUCAUCCCCGGUCUCGAGACUUUCAUCUUGGAGCAAAUUCACGGCAACUUGGCCCCUAUGAUGUACUACCCCAACGUCUUUCCUAUCGAGGUUGCCAAGAUGUUGGCGGGUACUCCUGUCGAUCAGGCGAUCGGUGUUGUUGCUGUGACUCUCCACGGCGCUCAAGGCCUCAAGAAUCCCGACAACUUCUCUGGUAACCCAGAUCCGUACGUCUCCCUCACACUCAACCGCCGGACUGAAAUUGCGCGCACCAAGACCAUCAACGAUACGCCAAACCCGAAAUGGAACGAAGUUCACUAUGUCAUUAUCUCUUCGUUCAAUGAUUCUUUAGAUAUGAUGGUCUACGAUUACAACGAGUUCCGAAAGGACAAAGAGCUCGGCGUGGCUUCCUUCAAGCUCGAACAGUUAGAGGAGCUCCCGGUCCACGAGAACCAAAGAAUAGAAGUCAUCGGAAGCGGCAAAGCGCGAGGUGUCCUGUCAGCAGACAUUCGUUUCUUUCCUGUCCUGGAACCCAGGAAACUGGAAGACGGGAAAGUCGAGCCACCACCAGAGUCCAACACCGGUAUCCUGCGUUACACAGUUGAGCAGGCGAAAGAUCUUGAUGGUACCAAAAGUCUGGUGGGCAUGCUCAAUCCCUAUGCGGAGUUGUUGCUCAACAGGAAAGUAGUCCACUCCACUAAGAAGUUGAAGCGUACGAACAACCCAAUCUGGGACAAUGGCUCCAAGGAAAUGCUCAUCACAGACCGCAAGAAGGCCGAACUGGGUCUUGCUAUCAAAGACGACCGUGAUCUAGCCGGAGAUCAGCUAAUUGGUGCUCACAAUAUCAAGCUGGACGAUCUUCUGGAGAUGUCAGCUCAAGGAAAGGAUUGGUUCCUUCUGAGUGGCGCCAAGAGUGGUCGUGUAAAGGUGACUGCGCAAUGGAAACCAGUAGCACUAUCCGGUGUCUUGGCUGGUAGCGGUGGUUACCAAACACCAAUUGGAGUCAUGCGAUUACAUUUCAAGGGCGCUCGCGACCUGAGAAAUUUUGAAACUAUGGGCAAGUCGGAUCCUUACGUCCGCAUCGUAGUGUCUGGUAUCGAGAAAGGCCGUACAGUUGUUCAUCGCAACACCCUCAACCCCGAAUGGGAUGAAAUCAUGUAUGUUCCCGUACAUUCCCCUCGAGAUCGGCUGGCGUUGGAUGUCAUGGACGCGGAGAAGAUGGGCAAAGAUCGCAGUCUUGGCCAAAUCGAGCUCCUGGCCAGCGAAUACGUCGUUCAGGAUGAAAGCGGUGAAUAUCUUGUACAUGACCAAAAAGCGCCUCGUGAAGAUGGACUGCGUCUUCAUGGUAAAGGAGUUCCAAAGGGCGUCCUAAGUUAUACCGCUUCAUUCUAUCCAUGCUUGAAUGUGGCCGAUCCCGACGAUGAAGAUGAAGAAGAAGAGAACGAGGUUUCCGCCGACGAAUCACCCAGAAACCCCCUUGAGACCACUAGAUCAGUCGACGCAGGCAAAUUUACGUCUCUUGAGCGAACUGCGACCAAUGUCUCUCAAAGAGAGCCCACUACUCCCUUAUCGGCCACAAUGCCAAAAUCACCAACAACACCAUCAACCUUUGCCCGGAAGUCGCGCGAUGCCCCAAGAAAAGUGCCCAAGGUCCGUCUCAACCCAGAGGAGCUUCUCAAGCAUGAGUCUGGGUACCUCAUUUUCAAGCUUAUGGAAGGGCAAAUGCCAAAGAGUGGGACGCACCUGGAGGUGUACGUCGACGAUAUGAGCUAUCCCUCUUAUGUCUCCGGAACAGCAAAGUCGAAGAACUUCAAAUUCGACGAGAUUGGAGAUUGUUUCAUUCGCGAGUUGGAGUUCUCACGUCUGACACUCAGAGUCAGGGAGAAGCGGGAAAAGCCUGGCGAGGAAAGAGACGAGGACCAUACUGUUGCUCGUCUCGCGGGUAACACCUUGGACACUCUGAAACAGUGCCUUAACAAUCCAACUAUCCUUAGGCUAAAGGAUGAAGAGAACAGAGAAACACAUAUCAAAGUCAGCUUGAAGUACAUCCCAGUGAAGAUGCAAUUAGACCCCAGUGAAAGCAUCAACAACAUGGGCAACCUGCGCGUGGAUGUUCUUGACGCAUCAGAUCUUCCAGCUGCCGAUUCCAAUGGAAAGAGUGACCCAUACGCCAAAUUUGAGUUCAAUGGCCAGGACGUCUUCAAGACAAAAACGCAGAAGAAAACACUCAAUCCUCAAUGGAAUGAGUACUUCGAGAUGCCAGUCCCCUCCCGGACGGCCGCGAAAUUCCAUGUCAACAUCUAUGACUAUGAUUUCGCUGAUAAGCCGGAUUUCUUAGGCGGAGCAGACAUCAAUCUUGAGCAUCUAGAUCCAUUCAAAGCCAAAGAAGUCAGAUUGCUUCUGGAUGGUAAAUCCGGUUCCAUUCGCCUAAGAUUGUUGUUCAGACCGGAUUACGUCACGCGAUCCCGUUUGGGUACCGGCACGUUUUCUGGAACGUUCGGCGCUCCGGGCAGGAUUGUUACUGGCGUGGCAGGUGCUCCUAUCAAGGGAGGUGCCGCCGUCGUUGGGGGAAUCGGCCAUGGAGUAGGCAAAGGCGCCAGCUUCAUCAAGAGAGGCUUUACAGGCCGCAGCAAGAAGGACGAUGAUGGUGGUUUUGGAUCAAACCCGACCAAUUCUGACAUUCCAACAAUAGUAGAGAAUGGCGGCAGCCCUGCUCCUGGUUCAAGUCUUCGAAGGGCGACGGGUCUGGACGGUGCCGAAUCACCCAUAACACCGCCUGGCACUGCCAUCGGUGCUAGCAAUGGACAUCAUCGCGCCCCGAGUGCUGGGGCGAUGUCUAUCGCGAGUAUAGCCCCUGGUAGUGCAGGUGCGGGCACUGCCACUUUCCAAAUUAUUUCCGCAACCGGCUUCCCUCCGUCUGCUGAUGUGUAUGUACUCAUCCGCCAGUUGGGCUCUAAGGAGAAGACCGUUGGAAAGACAAAGCACCAUGAAUCACCGUCAGGUCAGGUGGAAUUCAACGAAACAUUCAAGCACACCUGCACUGCUGAUACGCAAUUCCGCAUUGAGGUGAAGGACCAUCAUACUUUCGGCAGCGACGACGAUCUGGGUGAGACAUUAUUCUUCGUUAGCGACCAGGGUUCAAAUGAAAAGGAGGUCAGCGUCGGCUCGGGAACGGUCAUUAUUAAGAGCUCAUUCGCUGAGGCUGGUUCUACAUUGUCUGCAGACAGUCCUAAAGGCGGAAACCCGAUGCGCCGCAGCUUCCUCUCCAAGAAAGAGAAUAGCCGAAGCCGGGAAGCAACGCCGAGCUAG